AUGUUCUACAGGCAUACAAUCGUUAAAAGGUUCGGAGUCAUCUUGUUGCUUGUCUGCUCACUGUUUCUACUGGAAUCUAACGUUCCCGUGCUCUUCGUGAGACGCAGUAGCAUGCACGAAUAUAUUCUUCACGAAAUUAAUUUCCAUAAUUAUACACUCUACUACAAACAUAUUAUGUUGCCAGAUCUCUCAAUGUGCAAUGGAUUACAGGAUGUUGUGUUCAAGGACGACAGCCGAAUCAUCCGAGCUACCGCGUCAGGCGAUAAUACCAGUCCAUCGAUUAAGUCAUCGGCCGUUAAUGGGCGCCGCGCUGAAAUAAGAAACUUAUUGAUGGUCGCAACUGUACUGUCCACAGUUAACCGCUGGGAAGCACGCCGAGCUAUUCGCGAGACUUGGGCAUCCAAAGAAGAGUCACAAUCUAUGAAAGAUGGUCGCGUUGUGGUCUUCUUUUUAAUCUCUGAACCGAACUCUACAUAUGAAUUAUUCAUGCUACACGAAGAGCAACAAAAUUACAGGGAUUUAAUCGUUACCGACUUGAAAGAAUCAUACGAAAAUCUUGUACUUAAGGUGUACGCGUCCAUCGUAUUCCACCAACAGUACUGCCCGGUGGCGCCGUUUCUUAUGAAAAUCGACGACGAUGUAGGGAUUCAUCUUGAUCGCAUGUUCCGUUUAUGGACCAUGGAUGCCAGAGACACCAAAUCCUUAUAUUGUCAAGUGUUGUCAGAUACAACUCCAGAAAGGCGAAGUUAUCAUAAAUGGUAUAUGCCCUAUGAAAAAUGGCCUGAUUCAUUCUAUCCCGACUACUGUAAUGGACCAAUGUAUGUAAUGGGUAAAGCUGCAGGACAAAAUAUACUCGACAAGGCGCAAAUUUUCGCACCGAUGUCACUCGAGGAUUUAUUUUACACCGGUGUGGUUGCUGAGUCAGCUGAGGUGCGCAAAGUUAACUGGAGCAGGAAUAUAGUAAAUACCGCUCAGAAAUUUUGGAAAGGACAACUACAAUGCGACGAAUCCAACAGACGCCUAUUAUUUUCUGUUCAUUCAUUGAAAAAGCCGGAAAAUCUGCGUAAAGGUUUCCAACUUAUGAAGAAUUACUUGUGCUAUACUCCUCCAUCCGAUGAGCAAAGGAAUACGCCCCGAGAAGAAUCAUGA